AGGCUGCCAGCGCCACGCGCGCCGCUUCCCGGGACCCCCGGGCCCCCCCGCCAUGAGCCCCCCGGGACCCCCCGCCAGGAGCCCCCCGGGACCCCCCACCAGGAGCCCCCCGGAGCCGCCGGGCCCGGGGAUGCGCUUCGCGGAGCGGCAGCUGCGGCGGCACGGCUGGCGGAGCGGGCAGGGGCUGGGGAAGCGGGAGGACGGGAUCGCCGAGGCCAUCCGGGUGAAGGUGAAGUGUGACACGGCGGGGGUGGGACACGACGCAGCGGAGCCCUUCUCCUUCCACUGGUGGGACCACAUCUUCAACAAGGCGGCUGCCAACGUCGCUGUGGAGGCUGGGCAGGAUGGCAUCUCCAUGAAGACAGUUUCUGAGGAGGGGGUCAGGGUCAGCAAUAAGAAGCCCCUCAAGGCCAGCAGCCCUGGCACCAUGUUGUACGGACGCUUCGUGAAGUCAGCCACCCUCACAGCACGUGGGGAGGAGCCCACCAAGCUGCCCAGCGGCUCCGAGAGCAGCGAGGAGGAGGAGCUGGACCUCUCUUCAGCCAGGAGGCUGACAGAUGAGGAGCUGGUCCGAGCGUGUGGCGGCCGCACGGCGCACAAGGGUGCCCGGCAUGGCCUGACCAUGAGUGCCAAGUUGGCACGGCUGGAGGAGCAGGAACGAGCCUUCCUGGCCACGUACAGACACGAGGAGCAGCAGCAUGAGCCCCCAGAGAGCAGCCCCCCAGCAGAGAGGCUGGAAAAGAAGAAGAAAAGGAAACGGUCCAGAGGUGAUCCUGAAGUGCUGCAGAACCAGGAGUCAAGUAGAGAAGAGGAGGAGGUGGGAUGGGAGGAAGGGAAGGUCAUGAAGAGGAAGAAGAGCCGGGAGCCAAGUGAAGAGGAUGUGGCAGGAGAGGAAGGGAUGGCUGCAAAGAAGAAGAAAAAGAAACAGGAGCAGGACAAAGAAGAGCCAGUUGAGACAGAGAAGAAGAAAAAGAAGAAGAAGAAGAAGAAGGAGGAGAACAAAGAAGAGCUAGUUGAGACAGAGGUACCUCUAGAAGACACAGAUGGGCCAGACCAGGUUGGGCACAGCCCCAGAAAAAAGAGGAAAAAGAGGAAGAGGGAACCAGAGUGAGCAAAGGACAAGGCUGCUGUUCCACAGCUGCUGGUCCCUCUGGGUGAGGGUCCCAGUCCUGCUUGUUGGCACUGGUUGGGUGCCCAAGGGUGCUCUGGGCUCUUCCCUAGUGGAGCCCAGUGCUGUGGCCUGGCUGCACUGAGGAUGCUGGGCUGGUCUGGAGCUGGGUUGAGCUUUAUUUCACUCCCUGAGCCUUCCUGCCAUCAGGGGUGACUCCAGUUCCCACCAGUGGGGCAGGGACCCAUUUGCUGUGGGUCUGGCAGAGGGACACGGGGGGACAGACCCCUCAGAGCACUGCAGGAUUUUUUUCAAGGGCACAAAUAAAUCUUUUAUUGCAGUGAAACGA